AUGCUAAGCUCACUAAAAAAAUGGGUACAAGAUGUGGCGAUUGAUCUAACACCUCCAGCGUCACGAUCAUCACCAUCUACUUCUUCAAUUUUCUCAUCAUCUUCAAUCCCUGGAUCAAUACAACAUAAUUUUUAUUCAACUAAACCUUCGCAUGAACAACAAGAAUCAAGAGAUUCAUCAUCAUCAGCAGUAUAUUUAUCUAGACCAAUCUCAAUCGAUAGUUUACCAAGUGCAAAAACACGUACUAUGUCGAUUCCACAACCCUCAACAUCACCUGUCGAACUUGAUUUAAGUCAUUUAAAUCGUGAAGAACAAGAACAUAUUGCUAAUGUAUUAAGAAGAGCACGAGCUGUCGAAGAACAACAAUCUAAUUUAUUAUCAGUGACUGUUCCUUCUAUAAUGUCUCCAACAACAUCUAUGACAUCUUCAAUAUCAACUUCAUCAUCAUCUUCAUCACCCUCUACAAGUAGUUUCGCUAGUGAACAACUUGAAAAAAAUGAUAUUGAAAUUCAAGAUGAGAGCGAAAAACCUGUAAUAAUUUCGGAAUCAACAUUAUCAAAUAUUUACCUAUGUCAAGCAUGCGGGAAAGAACAUCGAGAAAAUUCAUCAACUUGUUUUCAAUGUCAACAAAAAGAAUUUAUUAAUCGAAAUAACGACAAUAAUAUUACUUUUUCAAAUCAACAGUCGAUACCAAUAAAAAAAUCAUCAUCACCUAUAUCAAUAACAUAUAAUAAUCAUAAAGAAGAAGAUAAAGUUUAUGAUAAUAUCACAGUAACUAAUUCUGAACCAAUCCAACAAAAUGCUUCCAUACAAGAAUCAACAACUAUAAAUCAUAAUUAUAUUGAAGAUCAAAAUCAACAAGAUCAAUCAAUUAGUUCGGAUUUAUUACGAACAAAUAAUCUAACAGAAAUAGAUGAAAAUGAAUUUUUCUAUGAAGAACCAAGUCCAUAUGUGGCAGUAAUAAAAUCAAAUAAAAAUGAUGAACAAAUUAUAUCAUCAUAUCAUAUUGAUGAAAAUAUUGAUGAAGAUAAUAAUGAUGAACGUGAUCAUGUUAAAGAAUUGGAAGAAACUAUAGCAAAUUUAUCUCGACAUUUUCCAUCUGAACAAUUUGAAAAACCUAUACCAUCAACAUUACCUAUUAGUAAUAUUGAUACGACUUCAAUUCUUGAAAUGGAAAUAGAAUCCCCAUCAAUUGAUGAGAUUUCUUUUAAUUCUUCUACAUAUUCUUCGAAUACUUCCAUUUCUGUUCCUAUUCCAAUUAAUAGUCGUCGGAUUAAUUUAAGUCGUUCGUCUGGUAUACGAGAGAAUUUAACUGAUCUUCUUAUAUCAGCAACAAGUAAACCUCAUCAGACAUUACAACGAACAUUAUCAACACAUGGCAAGCAUAUGUUAUCAAUAAAUCGACACAAACGUAAUUUACCAUCUGUACCAAGUGUUACUACUUCAAAACAAUUGCAAUUACGUCGUGCUAAUUCUGAAUCUCGUUUUAGUCUUCCAGCUGUUCCACUACCACUAUUAAUACCUCAACAAAAUCUUGAUGAUGAAAGUGAUUUACUUGAAAUUGAUCUUAAUGAUCCUAUUGGUUCAAUGAAUAGAAGUUCAUGUUCAAAAACUGAAUAUGAAUAUAAAAAAACUAAUGAAAAUUAUCAACAUUCAACAAAAUCAAUAAAUGGUCAUUCAUCAAACAUUAAACAAUUACGUGAUCAAACAACAAAUACUCCUCCAAUAUCAAGUUUAAAUUCAUCAAUAAAAUCAAAGAAAAAAUUAAAAAAGAAACCUUCUUCUCCAUUAAAUAAUACCAGUGAUCAAAUUAGUUCUUCAACUUUUCCAUCAAUUUCAAAAUUACAAAAGAGUACAAGUAUAGAAAUAACUUAUCCGUUUCCAGUAACAAAAUUAAUUUUAAAUCCAUCACGACAUGGUACUUCUACUGAUCUUGGUUUUCGUAUAACUGGUGGUCAUUCAAUUCCUAAUUGUAUGGAAGUAACAGCAUGCAUUGAAAAUAUUAAUACCCAUCAUCGAAAUUAUGAAAUACUUAAAAAUAUUGUUCAAGAAGGUGAUGAAGUACUUGAACUUGGUGGUGUAUCAUUACGUGGUAAAAGUGCUUUAUUUGUUGAAAAUUUAAUGAAUACGAUAGAAAAUGAAUUUGAAAUAAUUGUUCGGAGUCAAUCGAUUAAUACGAAUUCGGAUUCAUUAUUACCAGUGGAUACAAAUAUUCAACGAACACAUACCACAGAAAUAUCACCAUUACCAUUAACUGAACCAACAAAUAAUACAGUUACUAAAUCACUAUCAACAGCGAUAUCAUCAAUUGAUCAGACAUCAAAAAUUAAAAUUGAUAAUUCUCAACAACAACAACAACAACAAGAACAAAAUCUUCCAUCAAUAGCAAAGUCAACAUCAGAUGAAAAAUCAGCAACUUCAUUUUCGCAUCGUUCUCGUUCAAGUUUAUUACCAAAUGAUCGUGGACUAAAUGGUGUUGAUAGCAAUAUGAGUAUUGAUCAACAAAAUUCUAAUGAAUCCGAUGAAACUGAUAGUUUAUCACAAUAUUUUCAUCCAUCACAAAAACUAAAAACUAAUCCAAGGGCAACAGGUAAUACAUCGAUAUGUCAUGGACGCAGUCAAAGUGUUAUACCACUUGCAAGUGAUAUAACAAAUGCAUCACGUCGUUUACAAAGUUUUCUUAAAUCUGAUGCCAAACGUUCAUCAAAAGAUUCAACAGAUACUGAAAGAAAAUCAUCAUUAGCUUUAGCAUCAUUACAAUUUUUAAAGAAAAAAACAAAAUCAGCAGAUUUUUCUAAUCAAAAAAAUAUGAUUACGAAUCAAUUACGUGAAAAUCAAUAUGUUGGUGAUAUUGAAUUACAAAUACGACAUGAUUGUGAACGUGAACAAUUAGUUGUAGUUAUUCUUCGAGCAAAAAAUUUAUUACCAAAAGAUACUAAUGGAUUUUCAGAUCCAUUUGUUAAAGUUUAUUUAUUACCCGGCAGAGAUGCAGAAAAUAAACGCCGAAUUAAAUAUGUAUCAAAAACAUUAAAUCCUGUAUGGAAUCAUACUAUUAUUUAUGGAAAUAUGCAUCGAGAAGAAGUACAAUAUAAAAAACUUGAAUUUACUGUUUGGGAUUAUGAUCGUUUUAAAGCAAAUGAUUUUCUUGGUCAAGUAAUAAUUGAUUUAAAAAAUCCGAAUGUAAUUGAUGAUAAACCUCAUUGGUAUCGUCUUCAAGCAUUACGUUCUCGUGAAGAAAUAACAAAUCGUAGCUCGUCACCACGUUUAAAUAUUUUGGCAUCAGCGGAUUCAACAACUUCAUCAACAUUAACAAUAAAUAAAAAUUCUGUGAAUAUGCAACCACGUAUCAAUCAACAAAAAUAA